AUGUCGUUGGUUUCGGUACUGGCGGCUAUAUUGCCUGUUGUUGUGCAGGGAUUAACUCCGGAGUGAGUAUUCAUCACCGUCCUCCACGACCAGAUGCUAACACAGUCUUUCCUUUCCAGAGGCUUGAUCACAGCUCCUCGGUACACCAAUGCAAUUCCAAAUCCAAGUGGAGAAUGGGCGGUGUUCAGCUCCAACAACUAUUCUUUGGACACGCAUCAAAAUGCUACAACAUGGAGGUUGAUGAGACUGUCGACUGGAGCCAUCACGGAUCUACCAUGGGACUCGAAUGUUACUGAAGUCGUCUGGGUUGGCAGCACGAAUACGAGUGUGUUGUACAUCAACGGGACAAACGACCAUGUGCCUGGGGGUGUCACUUUGUGGACUGCCGAUUUGGCCGACUCUGCCAUCCGAGGGUAAGUGGAAACUGGUCUUCGAAUGGAGGGUGCGAAAGCUGAAUCGGGUAGAACGAUGGUGGCUUCUCUACCAGCGCCUUAUGCUGGGCUGAAAGCUGCAAAGACUUCUACUGGCUCAAUCAACUUCCUUCUCAACUCUCUGGCCUAUGCGAACAACGGCUCCGCGUACAACACAGCGCUCGCUGCAACGCCACUCACAACUGGAAGACUGUACGACGGCAUUUACGUCCGGCACUGGGAUACCUACCUCACCCCAGAGAGGUAUGCCGUCUUCUCGGGAUCGCUCACCGCGGGGCCAGACUCCUCGUCCUACAGCUUCAAUGGCACCAUGAAGAACUUGCUGCACGGCCUGUCCUACAGCGUCACUCGACCGGAGUCGCCAGUCGGCCCAUACUUCGACACAGGCGCAGGAGAUUAUGCUCUCAGCCCAGAUGGGUCUCAAGUCGUCUUUCUCACCAAAGCCCCACAACUUCCCAAAGCAAACUACACCGCCAGCUAUCUAUAUCUCGUGCCACAUGAUGGAUCCUCAGUCGCGCAAGCACUGAACGGCCCGGAUAGCACCGCCCCAAAGACCGCACAGGGAGCUUCAGGUGCACCAGAAUUCUCUCCAAACGGAAAGAAGCUGGCCUAUCACCAGCAGGACGGAAUCUCGUAUGAAUCAGAUCGCGCCAAGCUCUACAUCGCAGACUUGGAGACCAAGGAGAUCUCGCUUGUAGCUGGGAACUGGGAUGCUUCUGUCAUCAAGGCCAAAUGGAGCCCUGAUUGCAACGACUUGUGGAUCUCCAGCGGCUACAUUGCCAGUGACAGACUCUUCAUCGUUCCAGUCGAUGCAGGAGCAGACUUUGUCCCGAGGAAUAUCACCGGCAUCACUUCUGUCUCAGACUACUACAUCCUCCCCGACAAUCAGGCCUUGGUCUCUGCAAAUGCAGUCUGGGCCUCCUUCCUCCUCUACACCACCACAGCGUCCGGCGCAUCGAGAUAUCUCUACAAAUCGAACGAGCAAGACGCAGAGCUCGCCGGUCUCGGCCCAGAGGACGUCAGCUUCAUGUGGUACACUGGUACCCUCGGCGACUCUCAACAAGCGAUCAUCGUCUACCCGGAGAACUUCUCUCCCCACAAGACGUACGAUCUCGUCUUCUACAUCCACGGCGGACCGCAAGGCUACACGGGCAACACCUGGUCCCCGCGCUGGAACCUGAAAACCUGGGCCGACCAAGGCUACGUCCUCGUGGGCCCCAACCCCACCGGCUCCACGAGCUACGGCCAGAAUCUGACCGACCGCAUCCAAGGCCGCUGGGGCAGCUGGCCCUACGAAGACCUCGUCCUGGCCCACGCACACGCCUGCCACACGCUCCCGUACAUCAACUGCUCCAACGCGGUCGAAGCCGGUGCUUCCUACGGCGGCUACAUGACGAAUUGGAUCCAGGGCCACGACCUCGGGCGGGAAUUCAAAGCCCUCGUCUGCCACGACGGCGUGACAUCCACGUACAAUUUCUACGCCACCGACGAAUUGUGGUUCAUCCAGCACGAUUUCAACGGCACCCUCUGGGACCAUCGCCAGACGUACGCGGCGUGGGAUCCGCUCUCGCACGCGGUCAACUUCUCCACGCCCGAGUUCAUCGUGCACAGUGAUUUGGAUUACAGAUUGCCUGUCUCCGAGGGCAUCACGAUGUUCAACGUGCUGCAGGAGAGGGGCGUGCCGAGCAGGUUUUUGAACUUCCCGGAUGAGGUGAGUUGACGACGGAUUUCUCCCUCGUAUAUCGUAGUGGGGCUAAGGAGCAGAGCUGACUUGCAUGUUCUCAACGUAGACACACGGGGUUUUGGACAGAGAGAACAGUCUCUUCUGGCAUCGCGAGAUUUUCAACUGGAUCAAUUACUGGACUGGCAAGAUCGACAGUCUGGACAACAACGCCAUUACCAUGUAA